AUGGAGGAGCUAUCCGGCUGUUGGCGCGAAGCCGCCCGCGCCGACGCCGUCGCAAUCGAACUUCUCAAAAUCCGCAGCCAUCUAACCUCCUCAUCCGUUGUCCUUCUCUCCUCCUCCUCCUCCUCCUCCUCCUCCUCUCAUCCGCACUACCCCUCCCCAUCCGAUUCCCACCCCUCCUCCCCCAGCACCAGCGACUACGAAAUCAUCACCGCGAUUCUCCGCCACGUCGAACAAACGUCGCGGCUGCUCCGCGACCUGCACGAUCUCUUUCCCAUCUUCCGCUUGCGCGUUCCCGUCGUGCUAUAUUAUUUGACCGUCAUCCUCCCGUGUUUGCAAAAAACGCUCAGGGAUAUGCUGGCGUUUUUGCUGUGUGAUGAUUGGUCCGUCAGAAUGAAAUGGAUGUUGAUGCAUGAACGCUUGAAUGAACAGGGCGGAGUGUCGUUGGCGUUGCGCUUUGUCAUGUAUGUGGAUUUUUUGGUGCAGUGUGUGAGGUUGUUGAGUAGAUCACCAACUUACGAUCCCACGUCGCUGGAAUUGCUGCGCUUGAGAAUUUUAAGGCUGAGGGCUUUGCGGGGCAUUCCUGCACCGCCAAUUCCGGUACAACCGCAUCUCGCUCCUGCGCAGCCGAAUCUUAUGGAACUUGAGAGGCGGCACUGGGCGGAAAAGAUCUUUGAUGAUCAUGCGCAACCGCUUUCGCAGGCGCUUUUGAAACAUAGACGAGAAUCGAGAUGUUUUGGUCCAUCGAUGAAUCUCAUGAAGUUGGGUAUCCCUCCACAAUCAAAAGUUCUGUUUAAAUUACCCUUUGACAAAAAUCAUCUCUCCGUAACACUCUAUCUCGACGAUACAGCACUUCAUCAAUCCCCCUAUUUACUCUGUCGCUGGAUGGAUAAACAGAAUAAUCCUCAUUAUUCUUCUUUUGGGGUUCAUGAGCUAUGUAUUCGGAGACAUGGAAGUGCGUUGUGUUUUAAGAGAUGGAGGAUGGUGCUCUUCCACUGCUCAUUCGUAGCACUCAAAGCGCGUUCCCAACUCACAAAUCUGAUACCAAGAGAUGAUUAUAUAAUUGCCGGAGAGGUGAAGAUUUUCCAAGGACAAAUAGUAGACGAUGGAUUCCACCACUCUCUCUUCGUCUACGAAAAUCAAGAAACUCAUACCCUACGACUUCACGCCGCAGUCGCAAAUGGAGAAUUAAGGAAAUGUCCUAUCUGGACCGCUUUUAUAACCGACCUCCAAGUCACAUCCGAUACCUGGCUCGCCCGACAUUCGCGUCAUCGCGUUUGGGUGAAAGACUUGCAUCUCUAUGUUUUCUGCGAUGAGUAUUCGAGACGCGCGCAGGUGAGGAAACACGGGGAGUUUGAAUUGAAUUUUGUGCAUGGAGCUGCAGCAGAUGCAUUCAUAAGCGUAUUCUACCCCCUAGAUUCCGACUCGGAAUCCGAGAGCGCGAUUGGAGAUGUGCCGGGGAAUGUAGCUGCUGGAUUUCAACAGGAUACAUCGGGUUGUUGA